GUGUAAGAAUGGUCAAAGCCGCCUAAUUGUGUGGUUGAAAAUUCACACCAAGUAAAGUUCGAGCACAAAAGCUUUCUGUUACAAAAUUAUAAAUGCUUCUUACUAUUAAUAGAUUAUUACUCCCAAAUAAAGCAUUUGUUUGAUCUCAAAACAUUAUCAAAUAUUAAUGGCUUCUCUUAAGAGUUUGAUCAUUUCCUACACUACCUUACUUUCUCUUUUCCAUUUCGAGUUUUCGAAUGCUAAUGUUAAGGGUGGCUAUUGGUCUCCUGACGAUGGCCUCGAAGCCUCAGCCAUCGAUUCCACUCUUUUCACCCAUCUCUUUUGCGCUUUUGCCAACCUUAACUUACAAACAUACCAACUCACAAUUCCUCCGGGAUGCCAAACCUUCCCUCGAACAAUCCGACAAAAGAACUCGGGGGUCAAGGCCAUCUUAUCCAUCGGUGGAGGGAGCGCAGCCUCCUCUGAUUACAACAACAUGGCUAGCCAACCUAGCUCUCGAAAAGCCUUUAUCGACUCCUCGAUAAGCCUUGCCACGAGUAAUGGUUACAACGGGCUAGACUUAGAUUGGGAGCAACAAUCUAAGAAAGAAGAGAUGGACAACAUGGCAACCCUAUUAACCGAAUGGAGGGCCGCAAUAAAGGCUCAAGCUCCGAACUUGAUCCUGACCGCGGCCCUUCGUUUCACACCUAUAGCUAAUUCCGUAGCUACAUUCCCUGCCAAAGCUAUUGCAGAUAACCUAGACUGGGUCAAUGUCAUGGCUUACGACUUUUAUGCAUCAAGUUGGGUUCAGCCUCCUUAUGUUACUCGUCCUCAUGCCGCCCUCAAUGAUCCAACCGGCUCCACAGUGAGUGGAAGUAGUGGGAUUGCUGCCUGGAUCAAGGCCGGUGUACCGGCUAAUAAACUCGUGUUGGGUGUACCAUUUUAUGGGCGCGCUUGGCAACUGGUUGACCCUAAUAACCAUGGUAUAUUGGCACCAGCAACUAAUUUUAAUGAUACUUUGGUUCAGGGAGGUACGCCUACUUAUAAGAAAAUCAAGGAUUUUAUCAGUCAGAAUGGUGCAACGGUUGUGUACAAUUCUAGUUACGUUACUAAUUAUUGUUAUUCCGGGAUGACUUGGGUUGGUUAUGAUGAUACACAGACCAUUGCUACUAAGGUUGCUUAUGCUAAGAGUAACGCCUUGAACGGGUAUUUCGCUUGGAAAAUUAACCAAGACUAUAAUUGGGCUCUUUCUACACAAGCUUCACAGACAUGGGGAUCAUAAACGUACGAGUGCCGUAGCUAAAAGAGAACAAGCAUGCUUUCCCAUGGAGUUUAAAUAAAAUGUGCUCAAUAUUAUGUUUUUAUUUUUGUUAUAAUAAGCGUGGUAUAAUAUUUUCUAUAUUCUACUCUUUGUUGUACUACAUUACUACAUAUAUUUCUAUCACGCAGACGGAGGUACUCAGUUGAAUAUUGUUGUAUAGACUGUAUAGUCAAUAGUGUUAAAAAUUAGUACUAUUAUAUGUGGCCAAAUCAUUUUUUAUGACAAUUAUGUGACACAUUAGAAUAAAAGUUUGUAUUACGUAGUUAAUGUAUGAGAAAAUUAUGUGACACAUUAGAAUAAAAGUUUAUUGGAGUAUUUAA